GUCGUUAGCGGCGGAGUGCUGGGGUUUGGCCCACACCCGGCCCGGGUCUAGGCCAGUAGGCGGAUGGGACCUAGCAGCGGAAAGUGGCAGUGAGCUGUGGCGUCAUCCGUAGCAGCUCCUUACUGGUACAGUGCUCCCUCACCUGCCUCGCUCCGCGUUCUUCUCAGGCCCGGCCAUGGAGCGCCAGGUCCUACGGCUUCGCCAGGCGUUCCGGUCUGGCCGAUCGCGGCCGCUGCGCUUCCGAUUGCAGCAGCUUGAGGCCCUGCGGAGGAUGGUGCAAGAGCGGGAGAAGGAAAUCUUAGCAGCCAUCGCGGCAGACCUGAGCAAAAGUGAACUCAAUGCAUAUAGUCAUGAAGUCAUUACCAUCCUUGGAGAGAUUGAUUUUAUGUUGGGGAAUCUUCCUGACUUGGCUUCUGCUCGACCGGCUAAGAAGAACCUGCUGACCAUGAUGGAUGAGGCCUACGUUCAGCCCGAGCCUCUGGGGGUCGUACUGAUUAUUGGAGCUUGGAAUUACCCUUUCGUUCUUACCAUGCAGCCGCUGGUGGGAGCCAUUGCUGCAGGAAAUGCUGCCAUUGUUAAGCCCUCAGAACUCAGUGAAAACACGGCCAAGAUCUUGGCUGAACUCCUCCCUCAGUACUUAGACCAGGACCUGUACGCGAUUGUUAAUGGCGGUGUCCCGGAAACCACUGAGCUUCUGAAGCAGCGGUUUGACCACAUUCUCUAUACAGGGAACACUGCAGUUGGAAAAAUUGUCAUGGAAGCUGCUGCCAAGCAUCUGACCCCUGUGACCCUGGAACUCGGCGGGAAAAGCCCCUGUUACAUUGACAGAGACUGUGAUCUGGACGUGGCUUGCAGACGCAUAGCCUGGGGAAAGUACAUGAAUUGUGGUCAAACCUGCAUUGCUCCUGACUAUAUCCUGUGCGAAGCCUCCCUCCAGAAUCAAAUCGUACAGAAGAUUAAGGAAACGGUGAAGGACUUUUAUGGGGAAAACAUAAAGGCUUCUCCUGAUUAUGAAAGGAUCAUCAAUCUUCGUCACUUUAAGAGGUUACAAAGUCUGCUUAAAGGACAGAAAAUAGCUUUCGGUGGAGAGAUGGAUGAGGCCACACGCUACUUAGCCCCAACCAUACUUACAGAUGUUGAUCCUAACUCCAAGGUGAUGCAAGAAGAAAUUUUUGGACCAAUUCUUCCAAUAGUGUCUGUGAAAAAUGUAGAGGAAGCCAUAAAUUUCAUAAAUGACCGUGAAAAGCCCCUGGCUCUCUACGUAUUUUCUCGUAACAAUAAGCUCAUCAAACGGGUGAUUGAUGAGACCUCCAGUGGUGGAGUCACCGGCAAUGAUGUCAUCAUGCACUUCACUGUUAAUUCUCUGCCCUUUGGAGGUGUGGGUGCCAGUGGAAUGGGGGCAUAUCAUGGAAAAUACAGUUUUGAUACCUUUUCUCAUCAGCGCCCCUGCCUGUUAAAAGGGUUAAAAGGGGAGAGCGUCAACAAGCUCAGGUACCCGCCCAACAGCGAGUCCAAGGUCAGCUGGGCCAAGUUCUUCCUGCUGAAGCAGUUCAACAAAGGAAGGCUGGGGAUGCUGUUGUUUGUGUGCCUGGUUGCUGUUGCAGCUGUGAUUGUCAAGAAAUACCAAGCUCUGCCGAGGGGAAAAGCCCUGUUGGCUUCUCUGAUAGUUCAUAGCCGGCGCUGGUCCAGUAAGCCCUGACGGUCAGGCCCCGGCUGUCUGUUGAGAGUGAGGAUCAGCUGUAAUGACUUCCUUGUUGCCUCUCCUGAAGUAUCACUCUACUAAAUGGUUAACAAGCCAAUACUUGUAAAAUUAUACCCAAACCAGGAAAUUCACAGAUGUACUGCAAUCAAACCUAAGCUGUUGCCACAAACCACUAAUGAAACUCAAUGUUUGAGCCAAAUCUUCCGCAUUUGACAGCAGUGCAGGUGCUGAGAGGAUGUAGACCGGCCUGGGGCGAGAACACGUCACACUAGAUCCCAGUCCACGCUGAUGCGUCAGGGAGACUCGAUAACUGCUCCUUGGCCAUUUUCCUCGAGCCCAUAGCUCUGCCCACUCCAGUGUCAACACCACCCAGGCUUUCCAGCUGACCCUGUUAUCUUGAGAGCGGAGGCUAGGUCCUCCCAGCUACUGUUAGGCAUUGAGGUACUAAAACUGCAGGUGGGUAUGUCCAUCUCAUCCAUUUUGGCUUGAGACCGGCCUUCAGGAGUCCACUCUCCAUUUAAACAUCCUUUCUUAUUCAUAGGGCACCACCCAAAGUCUGUGUGUUUGUGACAGUCUGUUGGGACUGUCCCAGUGCCUUUGUGAUGACCUAAACUGCACUGAGUCUCUUGCCAAGAAGCAGUGCUUUUUUGUGAAGGCCACUCAGAGCAUCUUGCAGUCACAGCUGUUCCUGAGCCUGAGGCAAGAAGACUCCCGAACCCAGGACUUUGAGGCCAACCUAGGCAACAUGAUGGGGACCCUCCCCAUUCUUCAUAAAAAUCCCCUCAAGAUCCUCAAGUUGAAUGUUUUGUAGAUCUUCAAGGAUAAGCCUUCUGCUUAUUUUCCUAGCACAAUGCAAGGAAAUUUUACUUUUUAAAUCUUAGAGAGAUUCCUACAGAUCUAUAAAGCAUGGAGCCGUUCCUGUAGUGGUGGUGGUGGUGGUGGGGAGCGUAUUAUACCCCAGGGCUUCAGAAAUCACAGGACAGGGAUUGCUGGAGAAGACUUCGAGCUGUGGAGCACACUGAAGGGAUGGGGUGGUCAGAAGCGCUCCCGAGCAAGCUGGGCAUCAUUCUCCCUCAGAUCCUAGUGUGGCUAAGCAGGGAUGUGGCAGAGAGAUCUGUGUGGAUCUGGCUUCCUGCUGCUGGGGCCUGGCUGAGCCCAAAGCUCCAAGCCUCACUGCCUUCCUGGGGUCCAAAUUAACUUGGCCCACUCAAUGAGAAUGUAAUAUGCUUAUUGAAUGUAUAACCGUGUUUGCUGAGUAACCUGUCUCACCGUUGAGCCUGUCUGAAGUGUAUUGUAUGAAGGAAGUAUCAAGAACAAAUCAUUGGCCCGUCUAGCAAAUAGUUGCUUAAGUAGCAGUUGUCAUAGACUAAUCAUAAAAUAUUUUGCACAAAAUUUCAAUGUUGAACUUGCACUUACUGUUGUUAUAGUAAAUUAUAAAUCACAGCUUCUAGUUAGGCCAAAAUACUUACUCUACUGAUCUUCAAAAUAAAUGUAUUUCAUAAAUUA